AUGAAAUCUAAAAGGCGUCACCAUGAUUCGUCUGAAGAGUCUGUAGAAUCCGAUGACAGUGAGAAAUCAAGUAGUUCGUCGGAUAGUGAAAGCGAUGCUUCCUCUGAGUCAGAUCAUCGGCAGAAAAAGAAACGAAAACGAGCCAACUCAUCUAACUCAGACAGUAAUUCUGGGGAUCAAAGGCGAUCCAAGAAACGCAAGCAUAAGAAGAAAAAGAAAAAACACACCAAAAAGAAGCGCCGAUCAGAGUCUGAAGAUAAUGUAACCAAUGACCACGUAUCCCUUAGUGAGGGCGAAAUAUCCGUUAAGAAAAGGCACAAACAUAAACAAAAGCAUUCCAAACAUGCACAAGAGUCUCCUGACAGUGAAGAAGCAAGACAUAUAGAACGCCGCAUGCACAGUGUGGUUAAGGAGCGCCGAGCUGAUUCCGAAGAACAAAGACCUACAAGAACUUACUAUCAGAAAGAGUAUCACUCAACUUCUAAUGAAUAUGAUAGAGAAGCAGAGGUUGAACGGUUUUACAGAGGCUCGAGUAAGGACCGUAGAGCCCAAUAUCAAGAAAAUUACUAUUAUGAGCAGAACCGACCAGACAGAUAUGUCCAUCAAGAGCGAGUAAGAGAACAGGGACAUGGAAGUCACUUCCAAGAAUACAGCCAAAGACCAAGGGAGUAUGACCAGUACAAGAAGGGUCCAAGAAUGAAUGACCAAAGACAAGAUAAUGAUUAUUAUCCCAAAAGAAGAAAUGAAGCUUAUCCCAGAGAUGAAAUACGAGGUAACAAGUAUAAUCAGUUUGCUGAGAGAGGACCAAGAAGAAAUGAACAGUCUGAUGAGAGAGACUAUCAUCACAGACGAGGUCCUCCCGAACCUGAGCCAUACAAAGAAAGGCCAUAUCCAGUCAAGCAUGAGAGAUAUAUUGAAGAUGCACUCCCUGUUGAUAGGAACAGAGAUGGACAUCGUGAACGAUCCAGUAGACCAGAUAAACCAAUGCCACCACGCAGGGAAUAUGUGAGUCCAGAAGAGCGACCCAGAGAAAAAAGAAGACCAGAAAUUAAAGAAGAGAGACAGAUUAAUUUCCGCGAGCGCAAUGAAAGGAGACGAGAAGAUCGUAGCGGGGAUAGAAAUGAUAGGGGCAAAGACAGGAAGACUAGGUUUACCGACGCCGGCGAAAAUAAGGAAUACAGUUGGGGCAAAACGGAAGUUAAAGAUGAAGGCGAUAAACCAGCUGACAAGGAGAAGCCAAAUUUUGGUCUGUCAGGCAAACUGACAGCUGACGUCAAUACUGUUAAUGGCGUCGUUGUUAAGUACACCGAGCCAGAUGACGCUAAACAACCUAAGCGGCGUUGGAGAUUCUACCCAUUCAAAGGGGAUAAAGCACUUCCAAUACUAUACAUACACCGCCAGUCGGCGUUUUUGAUCGGUCGUGAUAAGAAAGUAUGUGAUAUUCCACUUGAGCACCCAUCUAUAAGCAAGCAGCACGCUGCGUUGCAGUACCGAGCGACGCCCUUUACUAGGUCCGAUGGCUCCACGGGACGGAGAGUUAGGCCUUACGUCAUUGAUCUAGACUCGGCCAACGGCACAUUCGUGAAUAACAAAAAGAUAGAUGGCCGUCGAUACGUAGAGCUUUUAGAGCGUGAUGUCGUCAAGUUUGGGUUCUCUCAACGGGAGUAUGUUUUACUCCACGAGAACAGCAAGGAUGAAGGCCAGGAUGACGACCAGGACGCGCCCGUCACAACUGACCUCAUUAAAAGGGAGAAAAGAGCCAAGGAAGAGAUAGUAGCCGACGGUUAG